CCCCCCCCCCCCCACUAACGUAGCAGCUCCCGCCAAAUUUUCUUCCAGUAUUUUAUUACCUUGUCAAAGUUUCUUGACUGUUUAGAGUCUACAAACGACGCUUCAAUCAGAAAACUUACACUUUUGUGACGCCACAUCCACAGUACCCCACCAAUAAAUAGAUUCGCUAAUGGAGAAUUGGCGGUUAUUCUGACCGCUAUACAAUUGUCUUCCAUCUCCAGUGGAAUAACCCUCCGUUGAAAAAUAUCAAAAAGAAACAACUACGUCGACGUCUAGAUAUCUUCAAUUGAUUUUCUGAAACAUGGAGGCCUUGGGGACUGACGUAGAAACCCCUCUCGACGAUCUGGUGACUGAUACUUCCAUUAGUUCGAGGUUGGAACAAUCGCAAGACUCCCAGGGGGAGAAUGACAAUGAACCGAGAGAAAAAUUGUUGAAAUUACCUAUGGGAAGAAUUAAACAUAUUGUCAAAUCGGAUCCCGAUGUGAAUUUGGUUAAUCAAGAGGCGAUUUUCCUUAUCACGAAAUCUGCGGAAUUAUUCAUCGAUUCACUAUCGAAAGAGGCUUAUAAGUACACAUUCCAAGCCAAGAAGAAAACUGUUCAGAAGAAGGAUUUGGAUCAGGCGAUUGAUCACGUUGAUUCGCUUGCUUUUCUCGAAGGGAUGCUGGAGCAGUUGAUAUAAAAACUCUAUCAAAACAUUAUUCAACAAUAAAUAUUUUUUUACCGCUCAAUAUGACGCCAUAAACUGUUGCCUCAAAUUCUUCAAAAAAUUUUCCCAAAAAUCAGAACUUUAACAUUCAAAGGAAAAAGAAAACUCAAAAAUUGCAAACUUCGAAUUCAUGUUUAAUGAUUAUAAUCUUCUCAUUUUCAAGUCGAACGAGGAAAGAAAGAAUCUCAUAAAUUGUCACUGCUUUUCACUCGCAAAAGUCAGACACUUGAACAUUAGAGGGGUAUUCCUGGUUUUAACAAGAAUCUGCAAAGCAAUAUAAUAGAAAA